AUGAAGGAGUUGGAUGGUGAGGAUGCAAGACUUGCAGAUUACUUUGACGUGAUUGCAGGAACCAGUACUGGUGGCCUUGUGACUGCCAUGUUAACAGCUCCAGAUGAAAAUAAUCGUCCUAUAUUUGCUGCUAAAGAUAUCAAGCCCUUUUAUGUCGAAAAUUGUCCAAAAAUUUUUCCACAGAAAAGGGGCAUGUUUGCAUCACAUAGAAACAGAUUGAACUUAUUAGCAGGACCCAAGUAUGAUGGGAAGUAUCUUCAUCAAGUUGUAAGGGAGAAACUAGGAGAGACUCGAUUGCAUCAAACCUUAACCAAUGUUGUCAUUCCUACUUUCGAUAUCAAGACUUUGCAGCCAACUGUUUUUCUCCACUUAUGA